GGCCGACAGUCUGCACUAUACCACCCCCACCCAUCACUAUGUUCCGAACGCGUACUACAACUCCGGCAUGCACACCAGCACCGCCCACAUGCACGUCGUCGCUGCUGGCCCCAACUCGAUGCGACAGCAGCAGCAAGACACCGCCGCCCAGCGCAAGCGGCCCAAGUACACCCGCAGCAAGACGGGCUGCCUUACAUGCCGUGGCAAGAAGAUCAAGUGCGACGAGACGAAGCCCACCUGUCUGCGCUGCAGCCACGGCCAGCGCGAGUGUACGUGGCCGGAAGGCGUCCCUACCCGCAAAAAGCCCACGCCGAAGCGGGAGCCUCCGUCCCCCAUGGACGGCUCGGACACGCGCCCUUCUACGGCAGGGUCAUCCGGUGUGUCCGAGGCAGCAACUCCCCCAACCCGUGGCCCCUCCCCCCCGAAACGAGAGCCCCUAGAGAUGGGCAUCCCGCCCAUGGUCUCUCGGCGCCACAGUGAUCCUAACGUCAACAUGCCCGUCGUCAUGAAUGAUGGCCGCCGCCAAGGCGUGUCUCCAAUUUCAACGUCUUCUCAUGGAUACCCUAUGCAUUCGAAUAAUACCCACGCUCUCCCUGCUAUCCCUGAACUUGCUUCAUCUUAUACCAGUCAACCGCACUACGUCCACGGCUAUUCCACUGCUGCACACCACCACCAACACCAACACCAGCACCACCACUACUCCCAGUCUCAGUCUACGCCUCUGCCUCGCAUCAUCGCCCACCAAGACGGCUCCCAGGUCCGCGGCGGCACGGAAAGCGCGUCCCCCCAGUCGCAGUGGUCUUCGCCGCAACUCCUGACGCCCGUCGACCCCAUCGAGCCCUACUUCCCGACGCAUCAGGAGAGAAACCUGAUCCGUCAUUACUGCGACAAUGCGCUGAGCAUCAUAAUGGCCUACCCGUCUGAGAACCCGGUCCUGGCCGCUAACUUCCAAUUCCUGUUCGACGGUGUGCGCGGGUCGGACUCGGCGGUCGAGUCGCUGCGCUCCGCGCUGCUCGGCGUCGCCGCCGUGCACCAGUCCUUCCUGCUCUCGCGCAACGGUGUGUCCCAGCAGGCCGCGGAAGAGGCCCUCCGGGUCGCCGAGUCGUUCCGCGCGAAGUCGGAGCACCUCCUCGUCUCCGCGUGCGGCACGUCCGAAGGCUGCCACAACGACGCCGCGCUCGCCGCCGCGGUCACGAUCGCCCUCAUCGACAUCUUCACCUGCGGACGGCGCUGGUCCAAGAGCCUGGGGUUCGCGAAGAACCUCGUCCGGACACGCGGCGGGCCCGGGCUCCUGCUCGCGCGCAGCAAAGGGCACCGGCCGAACACCGUUACCGGCGUGUGUCGCGCGAGACUGCUCCUGGAGAUCGUCGCCGUGUAUGAGCUCUUCGGGUGCCUCGCGCGCGGGCAGGCGCCGAGCCUGCUGAACAUCGACUGCUGGUGGAUGACGAAGACGAACGCCGAGGACAACGUGUCGUAUAGCGACAAGGUGUUCGGCAUGUCGAGGGAGUUCCUGCUGCUGCUCGCCCAGGUUGCGACGCUCGUUGCGCAGGUGCUCAAUCCCCCAACUGCCUCUGUCGCCGAGGUAUCGGAGGACGGGAAGGUGGCCGCCGCCGCCCCAGAUGCGCAGGCGCGCGAGGCGCGGGAGCUGUACCGGGCCCUCGAAGGCUGGCGGAGCGCCGCAGGGCUGCUGCACCAGCGCGUGCAGAUUGGGAACUGCGUCUAUCAGCACGCCGCGCAGAUCAUCCUCCUGCGGGACGUGCUGAACGUGCCGCCCGCGGACGCGCUCGUCCAGGACCACGCCGCCGCCAUCCUCGCGCUCUGCCUCGAGUGCGGCCAGAAGGGCAUGGGCGUCGAUCUCACUUGGCCCGUCAUAAUAGCGGGCUCCCAGCUCUUCGGGGCGGAGCGUCCACGGGUCCUGUCAAUCUUCGAGCUGUUCAGGAAACAAUGUUGCUACGAGAUCGAGACGUCCGAGUCUAUCGUGCUGCAGGUCUGGCAGCGAUUGGACACGAACCACCCCCGGGCGGACUGGCGCGCGGUGAUGCGGGAUAACGACCUGGAUGUUCUCAUCCUCUAGAGUUUCUUUCCUCUUUCUCCUUCUGUGUUCUCAGUUCUGUCUGUUCCCUCGCCCUGGAUCGAUGGCACGCUGCGGGCGGCGGCGUGUGUAAGUUAGAGUGCGCCGCGGUAGCGGCGUUGGCUGUACGAUUAGUACUAGAUUGGAUAUCCAUCUUCUCCGAGCC